CAUCAUCAUCACCAUCAUCAUCAUCACCGCCGCCGGCGACUACCAUCUCGAAACCCUCGCCAUUUCCCCGUUGCACCCACCCACGCCUCACUCUUCUUCAUCGUGGUGACCACCCAUCCCUUCUCCUUUUGUGUGUCACACCACCGGCACCUCUUUAGUAUUCCCAUCAAAUCACCGACCGAGUCCAUCUGAGCUCCCAUCGUAUCUCACUCUAUCGCUGGAAAUCCCACUGGCGCUUACCACUCAUCUUACCAUUUUCUCUCUCUCGUAGCUCUUACUAUUCAUCGUUUUCCCCUUUCGGGCGAUUUCGGCCAAGCAUCUGCAUAGAAUGUUACAAGUCUGCCACCCGACCCCACCACCCACCACCGUCCACCCGGGCCUUUUGGUCUCGGGCACGAAACGGGGGGCAAUGAGCAAGCCAUCGGAGCCACCAUCGGCCCCGAACCCAGCCGGUGAUGCGGGCGUUUUACCAGAUUUUCAAAGCCUCUCCAUCCAAGAUGCACCAUCCCCUCCCGAAGAGGCAGAGAUGGAUGUCUUGACAAUGCCCAGGGAGACGGCAAUGAAGAUAGUCAUGCGUUCAAUGCUUUCCCUGGCCAAUGCAGCGGGCGAUGUCCCGGCAACACCACCGCUCUCACGGCCUGCAACGCCCAUGAGCAGAGAAAACGUGUCUGGAACUAGAGGUCACCGGCGCGUGGCAUCCCGACCAGCGACGCCCAUUCCAUCUGAAAGACAAAAAACACAAAAGACGGAACUAGAGCAGGCGGAAGCCAGCCACGAUGAACCCAUCACCCACGACAUUGGGGCCGGAGCCGAGCCCGAGUCGGUUCAGCGCAUCAACAUGGCGCGAAAGUUCUUCUCCAAGACGGUACCGAGGUUUGGAUUGGACGACUACCUGAACAGAAUCCAACACUUUUGCCCAUUUUCCACGGGAGUGUGGCUGGCUGCCGGCUCCUACAUCAUGCGACUCUGCCUGAUUGACAAGGCUGUGCCCCUCACGCAUCGGACCAUGCACCGACUCAUCUUGGCCUGUUUGACUGUCGCCAUGAAGACACUGGAAGAUCACCGCUGGCCACAUAAGCGACUGGCUGGUGUAGGGGGCGUGGAAGAGGCUGCCCUCAGCCGGCUGGAGCUCAGCGUGGAAUUUCUACUGGACUUUGACCUCCAGAUCCGCACACCGGAAAAGAUGAAGGAACUUACCGUGUCGCUUCAGAAAGCAGGACAGGCAGCAACAAUGACCUCUAAGCUACCGUCAUCGUUUGAUUUAAAGUUGCCACUGAACAAGGUUCGAUGA